AUGUACGGUACCGACGGCCACCUUCGUGACGAUCUGGAGCGACUAAAGCAACCAGAUAUCGCCACUGCAUACGCGCAGCACCUCGAGGCAGCGUUGCCAGACGAGGGAGAGCUCGGCGUGGCCCCUCUAGAGGACUGCUGGAGAAUAGUAAAAGCAGCCAUCAACAACGUAGCUGAGGACAUUGUCGGGUACGAGGAACGGAGACGACGGAACGAUUGGUUUGACAAAGAGUGCAGAGCGGUUUUGGAGGAGAAGAAUGCAGCGCGAGCGGUCAUGCUGCAGCAUGGAACCCGACAGAAUGUGGAACGAUACAAACAGAAGCGGAGGCAGCAGACACGCCUCUUCCAGGAGAAAAAACGCCGCCUGGAAGAAGCGGAGUGCGAAGAAAUGGGACUGCUGUACCGUUCUCAAGAUACACGGAAGAUCUACCAGAAGCUCAACGCAUCCCACAAAGAUGACCAAGGCAACGGAGGAUUUGACUACGUCAGUGCAGUUGAAGACAGGAAUGAACCAACUACCACGUUGAGGGAAGUUAAGGAUGCCAUCCAACAGCUCAAGAACAACAAAGCAGCUGGCAAAGAUGGUAUCGCAGCAGAACUCAUCAAGUUGGGCCCGGAAAAGUUGGCCACUUGUCUGCACCGGUUAGUAGUCAAGAUCUGGAAAAUCGACCAGCUGCCGGAGGAGUGGAAAGAAGGGGUGAUCUGCCACAUUGACAAGAAAGGCGACCAUUUGGAAGCGGGUAUGAUCGACCUAGAUCCAGAAUCGCGCAUCAAAGCGCUUAGUUUGCACUGGGAACCGUCUACCGAACAGCUCCGCUACAAAAUUCAGCAUCCGCCAUCGGCGACUGACGCACCGCUAACGAAACGCGUCGCACUGUCGUACAUCGCGCGUUUGUUUGAUCCUCUCGGACUUGUCGAACCCGUCAUUACAUCCGCCAAAACCUUUAUGCACUCUCUGGACCUUGAAGAACGACAACGAUAA